AUGGGAAAGAACAAGAGAGAAAGCAAGAAGAAGGAGGAGUCAGAGGAGGAAGAGGAGGAAGAACAAGAAGAGGAGGAGGAAGAGGAGGAAGAGGAGGAGGAAGAGGAGGAAGAGGAGGAGGAGAAGCCUCAAAAGGGCAAGGGUAAGAAGGACUCGAAGCCCCCCCCAAAGAAGAAAUCUAAGAAGGAGGAAGAGGAGGAGGAAGAGGAGGAGGAGGAGGAGGAGGAGGAGGAGGAGAAACCGAAGGGCAAGAAAAAGGGAUCGGCCAAGUCCAGCUCAGGCUUUGAAGACGAGGAACUCGAUUGCAAGGAUUGCGGAAACAAAUUCAUCUUCAGCGCUGGAGAACAAGAAUUCUAUCAGUCAAAAGGCUUCGACAACAAACCCAUGAGGUGCGAGGAAUGCAAGAAAGCCAAGAAAGCUCGUUUCAAUGACGGCGGCGAUCGCGGUGGCGGACGUGGUGGCGGACGCGGAGGAAGGGGCCGUGGCGGCGGGGGCCGUGGUGGCGGCGGUAGAGGAGGGCGCGGCGGCGGCGGCGGCGGCGGAGGAGGCGGCGGCGUUUGCUAUGCCUGGCAGAAGGGAGAAUGCACUCGUGGCGAUUCUUGCCGCUUCUCUCACUCCUAGAGCCUGAGGGAUCGAAGGAGCAAAUGUUGCAGAAUCCUUGUGCUAAUGGUGCACGUGCAAUUUUGAGAAGUUUGUUCGCUGAAUCAUAGAUUAGCUUGUAGAACAAUUUUCCCAUUUUCUUUUGUAACAAUUUGCCAUAUGAAUAAAUUCAAGAAAUGC